UUACAACGACCGUCCCCUGACAAGGCGGCAAGAAACGGAAUCCAACCCAAUUAGAGGAUUCCCACGAAGAUUCGCGCGAGGUGAGGUUGAAUUGGUGAACUGCAGCACACGCGCACACAGACUCAGGUAUGAACCGUCCAGUCCAAUCAAUAAACAAAUCCUGCGGCGACAUGACAUGUCCCAUGAAUCAGGCCAAUCAACAUCAGGUGGACCACACCUGACCGACGAAAAUGACGGUUGAAAGAAAAUCAACAACAAUGUAAAUUCCUUUGACUCUACGUGCCUGGAUUUCGGCAAAUGGCAUGAUUGUGUUGAGCCCACUGAGUCACGUGGCUUAGAUUUCUCACACACGUGCCAUAUUCGUAUGUGGGCCGCAAUUCACUCGUUGAAUCUCUUAUCGCGCGCUUCAUCUAUUUCAUCGGUAGUCGCGAACUACCUCCCGCUGAUCUCCUUCCUCUCAUCUCUCCGGCCAUGGCGAUCGCAGCAACAGCAGCCGUUGUACCGCUGGGCCUUCUCUUCCUCCUAUCAGGCCUCGUCGUUAAUCUCAUUCAGGCCAUUGUCUUUUUGGCUCUCCAUUGGUUCUCGAAGAAUAUGUACCGCUCGAUCAAUAAGGUAGUGGUGGAAUUGCUGUGGUUGGAGCUGAUAUGGCUCAUUGAUUGGUGGGCUGGGGUUAAGAUCCAAUUGUAUGCAGAUUCUGAAACUUUUCAAUCGCUGGGUAAAGAACAUGCACUUGUCAUAUGCAAUCAUAGAAGCGACAUUGAUUGGCUUGUUGGAUGGGUCUUAGCUCAGCGGUCAGGUUGCCUUGGUAGCACGCUUGCCAUUAUGAAGAAGUCAUCAAAAUUCCUUCCUUUGUUGGGGAGUGCAUUAUCUUUGAUUUGGAGGAUAAAAUACGGUCAAUAUAUGCAGGUCAUUGGUUGGUCAAUGUGGUUUUCUGACUAUGUUUUCCUAGAGAGAAGCUGGGCCAAGGAUGAAAGCACGUUGAAGUCAGGUCUGCAGCAGCUAAAGAACUUCCCUCGAUCACUUUGGUUGGCCCUUUUCGUGGAAGGAACUCGUUUUACAGAGGCAAAGCUUUUAGCAGCUCAAGAGUAUGCAGCUUCGGCCAAGUUGCCCAUCCCUAGAAACGUUUUGGUUCCUCGUACAAAGGGUUUUGUUUCAGCUGUAAGUAAUAUGCGCUCGUUUGCUCCGGCUAUAUAUGAUGUAACUGUGGCUGUUCCUAAAAGUCAGCCUGCACCUACAAUGCUGAGAAUUUUGAAUGGACAAUCUUCUGUGAUACAUGUCCACAUGAAGCGGCAUCCGAUGAAAGAAUUACCUCAGACGGAUGAUGCAGUUGCACAAUGGUGCAGGGAUUUAUUUGUGGCUAAGGAUGCUUUAUUGGACAAACAUCUAGCUGAAGAUACUUUUGGUGACAGGGAGUUCCGACCAACUGGUCGGCCAAAAAAGCCAUUGUUGGUUGUUAUAUCAUGGUCAUGUCUCCUGAUGUUCAGUGCUUUCAAAUUCUUCACAUGGUCUGCGUUGCUAUCCACAUGGAAAGGACUUGCAUUUUCGAUAUCUGGAUUACUUCUAGUGAUGAUUGUCAUGCACGUCCUUAUUCUAUUCUCCCAGUCAGAGCGUUCAACUUCCGCAAAAGCAGCUCCAAGCAGAUCCAAGAGCAGGGGAGCGCCUUCAGAUGCAAACCCUGCCAAGCAGAAUUAAUUCCAUGUGAUAGAAAAUGUAAGUUCGAUUGAUUCUUUUUAUCUUUGAAGAUUGUUGGGCAUAAUCAGUUGUCUUUAGGCCUCCUCUUGGACUUCCAAAAUGAUACAUGAAGUAACGGGCGAUAUAUUUAGUUCUGAAAUGCCUGCAUAUAUCUUCAGUAGCCUUUUUAUUCUCUUUUCUUCUUUCUUCUUUCUUUCUUCUUUCCUUUUUCUUUUUGGCUGUUGAUUGUUUGUCUGCAUCAAAAUAAAACUUUGAAUGCAUAUCAAUUCAUUGCUUAUUUGUUUAUUGAUAACAACUUUCCAACUUUA